GUCGACUGCCUCGACAAACCUCGUCGUGGCUGGCCGCCUCAAGGUGUAGCCCGGGCCUGACCGUCCGAGGGAACGGGCUCCCAAACUCCUCACCGGGGCUAGGGUCAUGCCCAUGGCUCUUGGCCAGGCCGUAUAUUCUCGGAUCCGUCUUGGCGGAUGCCACCCCGGGAUGGCUGACGUCGGCAGCAGAAGUCCCCGCUGCGAGGGGAAUUGUUGAUUGGCCAGAUCAUAUGGGAGUGAUAUUGCUUUGCAGGAACGGACGAACGCUCACCGAGGAGACCGGAAGACUGCCGAGAAUGGAUCGCGGCUGCGAUAACCAGAGGUGGGAAAUGACGCGCUGGGGUGCCGCCAGCCACGAUUCAGAACAUGUCGACGGGCAAAUAUCUACCAGACUCCGGGUAUAAAAGGCAGCAAGAGCGAACACGAAUGACCGUCACGCAAAAGGAGAAGCAACAGCCCAGCCCCCUACCUCUGCCAUCGCCAACCCCUUGACCACCAGCCAGCCCCAUCUCCAUCCCCAGCAAAGCAAACAUGCGCGCCUCCCCCACAUCUCUCGCCGCCACCACCGCCUCGGCGCUGUUGCGGCUCGCGGCGGCGCAGGCCCAGCCGGCCGACGGGUUCCACCUCGCCAGCAUCGCGGCUUCAUUCGCCGCCGGCUGCCUGGGGGCCGAGACGCUGCGGCUGGGCCUGACGGCGGCGGCCGUGACGGUCGAUUAUUACGGCAUGGGCACGGCGCCGCCGCGGUCGGCGGCGUGCGUGGCGCUGCUGGACCUGGGCGCCGUGCCCGACGGCUGGCGCUUCGCCGUCGAUGAGGUGCGGCACGACGGCCACGUGCGGCUCGCGGCGGGCGCGGCCGACGCGUCGACGCAGUUCGGCCUGGGCAUCACGAACAGCCACGUUGUCAACGCGCAGGACGGCGCGGCCGAGUUCAAGUGGAGCGUCAACUCGGGGUAUUUUGGCACGUUCAACAAAAAGCUCGACUGGGCCGCCAACGCCGACGUCGACGCCGACUUCAGCGUGGCGGUGCCGAGGGCCGAGACGGAGCGGCUGUGGUCGCCGUGCUUCGCGGGGCCAGACGAGCGGCGCAAGACGCAGCUGUCGAUGCAGACCUUCUUCCACUUCGACAACGCCACGGCCGCGGCUGCGCAGGGCUACUUUGGCCGCGCCGGCGACGGGCCCGCGCUGCGCACAACGGUGCCGCUCGUCUGGGAGAAGUGCGACCCGGCCUCGUCGCCGUUUGAGGGCUGGGGCCGGCACCUGCGCGUCGACGGGCCGUGCAGGAGGGAGUGAGAGAGCCCACUGUGUCCGAUCUGGGGGGAUCGGGCUCUUCGCGGGAAGUGGGGUGUGGCUGGUGGAUUACGCCACAGCAAAAAAGCGCCUUGAUUCCUUUGGAAUGACUGUCUUUUCCACAAUACAAAACCAAAUUGAGAAUUUAACGAUUGUUCCC